AAGUGCCCACGAGCUCGUACAAACUCUUCGCGGGAGAGAGAGAGAGAGACCGGUAGGGAGGCGCAGAUGAAUCUGAAUAUGUUGGAGAUGUGAGGAUUCUUCCACAUCAUUGUUAACUGUCAAAUGCCAGUGGACUGAACAAAGAAAACCGUCAUGAGCUCCCUCCAACUACCAGUUCCACAGCAGAUUCAGUGGAGAUUUUGGUUUCAUCUGGUUUUAGAGCUUUGUAUUUAGGGAGUAUCUUUAUUGAUUGAUGACUUGUUGAAGGGUGGAGGUGGAGAAAGUAUUAAAACUUGAUUCCAUUCUGAAAAGUGACUCCAGAAAAAAUGACUAUAUAUUUUCAAAAGUAAUUAAGGCUGUCGAUUAAUUGCAGUUAACUCACACAAUUAACUCAAAAAAAUUAAUCACGAUUAAUCACAGUUUUAAUCGCACUGUUAAUAGAAUACCAAUUGAAAUUUAUUAAAUAUUUUGGAUGCUUUUCUACAUUUUCAUAUAUAUUUUAUUCUGUGUUUUUUUUGCUUACAAAUAUUUGUACUAUAAAAAUUAUAAACAAAAGAAAUCGUAUUUUUCAAUUCACCUCAUACAAGUACAGUAGUGCAAUCUCUUUGUCAUAAAAGCGCAACUUACAAAUGUAGAUUUUUUUUUUGUUACAUGACUGCAUUCAAAAACAAAACAAUGUAAAACUUCAGAGCCUCCAAGUCCACUCAGUCUUACUUCUUGUUCAGCCAAUCACUGAGACAAACAAGUUCAUUUACAUUUGCAGGAGGUAAUGCUGCCCUCUUCUUAUUUACAGUGUAACCAGUAAGUGAGACCAGGCAUUUGAAUGGUACUUUUGUAGCCGGUAUUGCCAGGUAUUUACGUGCCAGAUAUGCUAAACAUUUGUAUACCCCUUCAUGCUUUGGCCACCAUUCCAGAGGACAUGCUUCCAUGCUGAUGAUGCUCAUUAAAAAAAUAAGCGUUAAUUAAAUUUUGGACUGAAUCAAUUGUAUGUCCCCUGUUCUGAUUCAUCCGCAUUCUACCAUAUAUUUCCUGUUAUAGCACUCUUGGAUGAUGAAGCAGCACGUGGUUCAUUUAAAGAACACUUUCAUUGCAGAUUUGACAAAACACAAGUUACCAGUGUGAGAUUUCUAGAGAUAGAUACAGCACUCAACGCAAGGUUUAAGACUCUUCAAAAAUCUGAGAGGAACAAGGUGUGGAGCUUGCUUUCAGAAGUCUUAAAAGAGCAACACUCCGAUGCGGAAACUACAGAACCCAAACCACCAAAAAAGAAAAUCAACCUUCUGCGGGUGGCAUCUGACUCAGAUAAUGAAAAUGAACAUGCGUCGGUCCGCACUGCUUUGUAUUGUUAUCGAGCAGAACCCGUCAUCAGCAUGGAUGCAUGUCUUCUAGAAUGGUGGUUGAAGCAUGAAGGGAUAUGUGAAUAUUUAGCUCAUCUGGCCCAUAAGUAUCUUGUGAUGCCGGCUACAACAGUGCCAUGAGAACACCUGUUCUCACUUUCAGGUGACAUUGUAAACGCGAAGCGGGUAACAUUACCUUCUGCAAAUGUAAACAAACUUCUUUGUCUUGUAUUAGGUGAAUUGAAAAAUACUAUUUCUUUUGUUUUUUUACAGUGCAAAUACUUGUAAUCAAAAAUAAAUAUUAAGUGAGUACUGUAUACUUUGUAUUCUGUGUUGUAAUUGAAAUCAGUAUAUUUGAAAAUGUAGAAAACAUCCAAAAAUAUUUAAAUAAAUUGUAUUCUAUUAUUGUUUAACAAUGUGAUUAAUCACGAUUAAUUUUUUUAAUUGCUUGACAGCCCUAGAAGUAAUAUUAAAAAAACAAAAAAUGAGCAAUAUGUUUAAAUUGGUACUGCAGUCAUUACUGGCAACACCAGAAGAAAGUAAGUCUGAGUUGCUUGUGUAUACCAGUGAUUUUCACAUCAAGUUUGCCCAAUUUAUAAGUUUAAAAAAUUAAUACUGGGACCUUCAAACUACCAACCCUUCAAAGGUAGCCUGGGAACUGAAAUUAUAGCGGUUUAUCAUCAUUGACAAUAAUAAAGAUUCUGCAGGCCAAGUGCCCUCAUUUACAUCUGGUCUUUACAUUCUACUUUCAGUUCUAGUUAUGCAACCCUAUUGCCUUUAAAAGUGUUACAUAUGUAUAAAUUAGAUUAGAAUUUGAAGACCAUGGGGUUGCAAAGGUGGCCCUACAGUUGGGAAUGAACAAUUCUCUCAAUGAUGUACAAGCCAGAAAAUAAUUCAUGUCUGGAAGUUGUCAUCUUAGAUAAUAAUUUCAAGAGUAGAACUGCAUUCUAACUUUUAAAGUAUUGAUUCUAAAGACAACCUCAUCUGUUUUGUUGUUGUAUCUGCUGAUAAACUAAUGUAUUUUGAUAUACUGCUGUGGCAGCAAGUUCUCUAAAAUACAUAUAUAUUUAUUUUGAGAUAUAGCUCCAUGUUCUACAGAAGAAGUUAUCUCUGUGCUAACUUGAUUUUUACAAUUGAAGAUGAAGCAAGACUCUUCUCGAAAUGCUACCUACACUGUGGAUUGUGAGGAUUAUGUGCAUGUGGUGGAAUUCAAUCCAUUUCAUAGUGGAGAUGUAGGUUCCCUAAUUGCAUAUGGUGGCAAUAAUUAUGUAGUUAUUGGGACUUGCAGAUUUCAGGAGGAGGAUACAGAAGUGGAAGGAAUACAGUAUGAGACACUAAGAACGUUUCAUCAUGGGAUCAGAGUCGAUGCCAUAGCAUGGAGUCCAGAAACCAGACUGGAUGCUUUACCUCCGCAGAUAAGAUUUUGUACUGCAGCUGCUGAUAGGAAGUUAAGGCUAUUCACUUCAGAUCUCCAGGAUAAGAAUGAAUAUAAGAUCUUUGAUGGCCACUCAGAUUACAUUAAUGAUCUGGUAUUUGCCCCUAAAGAAGGUCAGGAUAUUGCAAGUGUGAGUGAUGAUCACACCUGCAGGGUUUGGGACUUGGAAGGAAAUCAAAAGGCUUAUUUUGUUCUACGUUCCCCUGGAAUGAGUGUGUGCUGGCAUCCUGAGGAGGCUUUUAAGUUGAUGGUAGCAGAGAAGAAUGGAACAAUACGAUUCUACGAUCUCAUUACUCAACAGGCCAUUCUGUCUCUCCAGUGUGAACAAAUGCCAUUGAUGUCUGCACAUUGGUGUUUAAGAAACACCCUUAAAAUUGGAGCAGUUGCUGGAAACGAUUGGUUAAUCUGGGAUAUUACUCGCUCCAGUUAUCCACAGGAUAAGAGACCUGUCCAUGUGGAUCGAGCCAGAUUAUUCAGGUGGUCCAGAGUGAAUGAAAAUUUGUUUGCAACCACUGGCUAUCCAGGAAAGAUGACUUGCCAGCUUCUAGUUCAUCAUUUAGGACACCCUCAGCCCAUUCUUCUUGGCUCUGCAGCUGUAGGAUCUGGCUUGACCUGGCAUAGGACUCUUCCAUUAUGUGCAGUUGGCGGAGAUCAUAAACUUUUCUUUUGGGUGACAGAAAUGUAAAAUAAAUGUCUGCUCUGAUUAUUAAAUUCUCAAAUAUUGUCCCUUUUUGUAGUAAAAAGUGACUAGAUUUCUUUCAUUCUUGUAUAUUAAUAUUUAUUGGAACAAGAAUAAAAUAACCAAAACACAUGAAACUCAAGUUGAAUCCCUUUUGCUUGUUUUUAGAUGACAAUUGUAACAAGAUUUGUUAAAGCAGAUACUAUAUUUCAGAUAGUUUGGUGUGACUUUCGUAAUAAAACAUAAGUAUCUUUUUUCACAA